CGGCGCAGCCCAGCCCGGCCCCCGCUCGGCGCCGCGAGCCGAGGUGUCGCCCGCGCCCGCGCCCGUGUCGCCGCCGUGCCCGCGAGCGGGAGCCGGAGUCGCCGCCGCCCGAGCGCAGCAGAGCGCACGCCGAGCCCGUCCGUCGCCGCCAUGGCCACCACGGUGACUUGCACCCGCUUCACCGACGAGUACCAGCUCUACGAGGAUAUUGGCAAGGGGGCUUUUUCUGUGGUCCGUCGCUGUGUCAAGCUCUGCACCGGCCAUGAGUAUGCGGCCAAGAUCAUCAACACCAAGAAGCUGUCAGCCAGAGAUCACCAGAAGCUGGAGAGAGAGGCUCGAAUCUGCCGUCUCCUGAAGCAUUCCAACAUUGUGCGCCUCCAUGACAGCAUCUCCGAGGAAGGUUUCCACUACCUGGUCUUCGAUCUGGUCACUGGUGGGGAGCUCUUUGAGGACAUUGUGGCGAGAGAGUACUACAGUGAGGCGGAUGCCAGUCACUGCAUCCAGCAGAUCCUGGAGGCGGUUCUCCACUGCCACCAAAUGGGGGUCGUCCACAGGGACCUCAAGCCCGAGAACCUGCUCCUGGCCAGCAAGUGCAAAGGGGCUGCGGUGAAGCUGGCGGACUUCGGCCUGGCCAUCGAGGUGCAGGGGGACCAGCAGGCGUGGUUUGGGUUCGCUGGCACGCCGGGCUACCUGUCUCCAGAGGUCCUGCGCAAGGAGGCGUACGGCAAGCCGGUGGACAUCUGGGCGUGCGGGGUGAUCCUGUACAUCCUGCUCGUGGGCUACCCACCCUUCUGGGACGAGGACCAGCACAAGCUGUACCAGCAGAUCAAGGCCGGGGCCUACGAUUUCCCGUCCCCUGAGUGGGACACGGUCACUCCCGAAGCCAAAAACCUCAUUAACCAGAUGUUGACCAUCAACCCCGCCAAGCGCAUCACGGCACACGAGGCACUGAAACACCCAUGGGUCUGCCAACGCUCCACUGUGGCCUCCAUGAUGCACAGGCAGGAGACCGUGGAGUGCCUGAAAAAAUUCAAUGCUCGGAGGAAGCUCAAGGGUGCGAUCCUCACCACCAUGCUGGCCACACGGAAUUUCUCAGUGGGCAGACAGACCACCGCUCCGGCCACAAUGUCCACCGCGGCCUCCGGCGCCACCAUGGGGCUGGUGGAACAAGCAGCCAAGAGUUUACUCAACAAGAAAGCAGAUGGAGUUAAGCCCCAGACGAAUAGCACCAAGAACAGUGCUGCUGCCACCAGCCCCAAGGGGACGCUUCCUCCAGCCGCCUUGGAGCCUCAAACCACCGUCAUUCAUAACCCCGUGGACGGGAUCAAGGAGUCAUCUGACAGCACCCACACCACCAUAGAGGAUGAAGACACAAAAGCCCCCAGGGUCCCUGACAUCCUGAGCUCCAUGAGGAGGGGCUCGGGGACCCCAGAAGCCGAGGGCUCCCCGCCCUGCCCGUCUCCGGCUCCCAUUAGCCCCCUGCCCGCCCCAUCCCCCAGGAUCUCUGACAUCCUGAGCUCCGUGAGGAGGGGCUCGGGGACCCCAGAAGCCGAGGGGCCCCUGCCCACCCCAUCCCCCAGGAUCUCUGACAUCCUGAACACGGUGAGGAGGGGUUCGGGGACCCCAGAAGCCCAGGGCCCCCCACCCUGCCCGUCUCCGGCUCUCCCAGGCCCCCCACUCACCCCGUCGCGGAAGCAGGAGAUCAUCAAGAUCACGGAGCAGCUCAUCGAGGCUGUCAAUAAUGGCGACUUCGAGGCCUACGCGAAAAUCUGCGACCCAGGCCUGACCUCGUUUGAGCCUGAAGCCCUGGGCAACCUGGUUGAAGGGAUGGACUUCCACAGAUUCUACUUCGAGAACUUGCUCGCCAAGAACAGCAAGCCGAUCCACACAACCAUCCUGAACCCGCACGUGCACGUCAUCGGCGAGGACGCCGCCUGCAUCGCCUACAUCCGCCUCACGCAGUAUAUCGACGGGCAAGGCCGGCCCCGCACCAGCCAGUCCGAGGAGACCCGUGUGUGGCAUCGCCGAGAUGGCAAGUGGCAGAACGUGCACUUCCACUGCUCGGGGGCGCCCGUGGCCCCGCUGCAGUGAAGAGCCACUGCGGCUGGUUUCACCACGGGACAGACUCGGUGUUUGGAGCCCAGCUGCCCUCGGGCACACGGCCUGCCUGUCGCAUGUUUGUGUCUGCCUCGUUCCUCCCCUGGUGCCUGUGUCUGCAGAAAACCAAGACCAGAUGUGAUUUCUUUUUAAAAACAAGAUGACAACAACAACCACACACACAAAAUUGACGUCGAUGAAGCGGAAAAAAAAACUAAACAAGGGAAAAAGCUGUAAAAAUCACUGGCAUUUGUGGGGCUUCGAACCUUCCGGCCGCACCCCACCCAAGCUCCACGUGUCCAUCCACUCCUGGCCUCCUCCAGGGACUGGCCGGGGGAAUGAACUUGUCCACCAGGGCCUGCCGCCCGAGGAACAGUGUUUGCUAGGUGGUGCCCACCCCCCAAAAAGUCUGCAUCCUCCCUGCCGUGCAUGGCUCCUGGUCAGGAGUGUCAGGUGUUGUCGGGGGAGGGCUUGGGGGGGUGGCAAGGGGGCCCAAGCACGGCUGACUUCCCUCCCACUUCCCUUCCCUCCUCUCUUCCCUGAGAAGGUGUGGAUGUGGGCUCCCCGUGUUCCCAGCAUGGGUGAGCAGUGCAGAGGCUGGGCCAGCCUCUCUGGGAGGAUACUGAGCCAUCCAAGGAGGCUCAGGGAUCCAGCUCUGGCCCAGUCGGGGCCAGGGAGGUGCACUGGGGGAGGGGUUGCAGAGAGGCACACCUUAGUUUCAGAUCUCACACCUGGCGGGAGACAUGGGCGAGGACAGUGCUGGCAGUAGCCCGCUGAGGAAGGGAACCCCUGGGCUGGCCUCUCUUCUGCUUGGGUACCUCUCCGUCUUUGCCCACCUUCUCCCCCGUCCCCAUGUGGGUGUGAGGCAGAAAGGAGAGAGGGGUCAGAGGUGGGCGGGUGUUUCUGGCUUCCAGGUUGAGGCAGGGGCCAGGCAAGUGUUUGCUGAAGAGGCUGCACUUUUAGAGUUUGGGCCAGAGCAGCAGGGAGCAGAGGGCUGCACUGAGCUGCGAGCGACAGGGACCCUGGGGUGGGGAGGUGGGUCCCCCUGUGUGCUGGUGGGCACUCUGGUGAGCCUCUGGGAUGGGCCGCAUGGUCAGGUGGUGGCAGAGAGAGCCAAGUGUUUGGCCUGGCAUGGGGGUGGGUAUAACCUGGCCUCCUGGGCUGUACUUGGGGGGUGGUCAGGGGUCAUGAUCCCAGAGGUGCAGGACGCACCCCCCCACCCCAAUAUCUGCCCCUUCAACUCAUGUUGUUUUCAACAAGGAUUUUCUUUAUCUUCCCCCUACACAAGCCAAGGGAGGGGCCCAGAGUGGGGCACAGGACACAGGAUGCUGGUCUCCAAGGGGGACUGUCCAUGGACAGACACUCAGAGUGGAUGCUCACCUGCCUGUCUGCGGCUGUGCUCAGGACAGCCGUCCCCACCCAUGGACAUAGGGUAAACAUCUGCAGGGCUCCCUGGGCCUUGGGCAGCGGCAGGGUUCGCCGUGGACAGCGUGCGGCCCAGCUGCCCUCACCUCCUGGGGCCUCCUCCUCUCCUCUCCCUGCUCACCCGUUCUCUCCAGGGAGCUGCCUGUCUGGGAUAAUUUGGGGAUUUUUUUUUUUUUUCUGGGGGAGAGUUCUUUUGCAUGACCCCUCAUGAGCAAGCCACACCCGCUCCUCUAGCUAGAUGUCCGCGGUGUGGCGGCGUCGGCCGGCCCGCCCUGCAGAGGGUCGGCUGCCCACGGUGCUGGCCGGCCUUUCCUCUUCUCUCUUUUUGCUGAGUUUCAUUGUCUUUUCUUUCUGAGCCUUGUAAGUGUACAAAAUUAUUAUUUUGUUCUGUCUCGGGAAACUGCAAAUAAAUGGAAAACAGGACAAACUG